UAAUCAAAACAUAUUCUUGUAAACUAACGUUACAUAUUUAAUCCAUAUUGAAGUUAUGUCGUCUAUAUUAUAUCGUUACUUUUUAAAAAAAACAAAUCUUGACAGUGUAUUAAAAAUUGGACCUGAUGAAGAUCCAUAUUUUGAAGAGAUUCCAAGUGAAGAUUUACAUUUUUACCAACGUCAAGGAGCAAAAAGAAAGAGAAAACUGCCACUAAUUGUUCCUGCCAAGGAUUUGAAAGUCUUGGAAUCCGUUAAGCGUAAGGCAUAUCGAUUAGAUUUACAAUUGAGUAUUUGUGGAUUAAGAUUAGGAUGGGCGGCAAUUAUUGGAUUUAUCCCAUGGGCGGGUACCAUUAUUUGUGCAUUACUUGCCAUGCAAGUGGUAAAUCGUGCGGGGGAUAUUGAAGGAGGAUUACCUCCAGCCAUAAGACUGAAAAUGUUGGCCAAUGUGACGUUUGAUUUUGCCAUUGGACUUAUUCCAGUAGUUGGUGAUUUUAUCAACGUUUUGUAUCGUUGUAAUCUGAGAAAUUUUAUAAUCUUGGAGAAGUAUUUGGUGGAAAAGUAUACCAGAGAAGCACAGGGAUUAAAACCAAGGAUGGAUAAAUUAGAAAGAGAAAUUGCAUAA